AUGUCGGGUUUCUCAUAUGCCCAGGCCGCACGUGGCCAAUCCAUACCAUCAUCCCAAACGUCUGCUCCGACGUCGAAUACGACGGCUGCUACUCCGCAAGCUACACCGGACAAAAAUAGCGAGAACGCCGCCUCCGUUGUUCAAAAUGGAACUACUGCCUCUUUGGCUCUCUCUACCACGACCGACUCUAGCAAGGCGUCCGCACAAACAUUGAAUCACGAUGCCAAUGCAAGCCCCUUGAAAGUCGGUUCCGAGGCUCCUUCAUCUCCUGCAGCGUCGUCUACCUUGGCUGGCACGACCAACGAGUCCACGUCGAACUUCUCGCUCGACGAUGCAACGGUCCUUGUGGCCUCCAGCGACAAGCCGAGUCGCGUUUCCACUCCUGGCACACGAUCUCCCGCUGUCGACGAUGUGGCACGGAAAGGUGGCCGCAAGGGCAAGGCAGCAGCCAAAGCCGCCGCUGACAAGGAUGGUUCACAACUGGCCCAGGCCGAGGAAGCCGAUAAUGGGAAAGAGCCUGUUAAGAUCGAGCUGGCUCCCGCGCCACUCCCAACUGUGAACAUCUGGAGCCAGCGGAUGAUUGAGCAGGCCGCAAAGGUCAAACAGAGCCCGCCCGUCGCGACAAGCGGCAAAUCGACAGUAACCACGGCCACUACUAGUCAGGAGAAGACCAAGGAUACACGCAAGCAAGGCAACGCGACUUUAGGAGGCGACGCUGCCGUCGAUGCCAACGGCACCGCAUCUUCUGGGAAUGCCAAGUCGCAGACAAGGCGGCUCAACGAGAGCACUCGUGUUGGUGGAAACGACCACGCACGCCGCAAUGCACCUCGUGGUGCUAGAUCUACGGACAGGGACGAGAAGCUCACUACGGCCACACGCGAUUCCUUGCCCCCUGUUCGUGAUGCUGUAUCUUGGCCGACGCCUGACACAGCCACCGCCUCAGAAGAGCCCAAAUCGAAGGUACCUCCGGUAGACACCAAAGUCGAGGCUCCAGUCGAUCCUUCCCAAGAGGAUGCGGGUUCUGCAAAGUCCCGUAAGAAGGGCUGGACACCACUACCAUUUGUCCCCACCGUUGCCUUCCAGACGCCCUUACCGAAUGUGCGCGGCUCCAAGCCGAAGGCAGGCAACCGAGCCAACCGUGAGACCUCAUCGAAGUCCAGUGGCCACAACAACAACAACAACAACAGCGCCAGCGGUGCCGCUACGAACGGCACAGCACCGACCGGCACCGAGAAGGCCUCUGCGACGGCUACUGUAUCUUCCCCUGCUCAUAAAGCCGAUUCUGAUGUUCGCGAGGCGACGAAAGAGACGAACGGAAGCACACUACCCAGUCGUCCAUCAAACCACACGACAACCUCUCAUAAACGCUUCUCGACUGAUGCGUCGCACGCGCAUCCUCGGGAACAACGUAAACCCUCCGCUUCCACACUGCCUGAGAAGCCCAAGGAGACUACCACCGACCACACUGCUACUGGCAAAUCGGAAUUUGCCCUCAAGGGCGCCCACCACAACAACACCCACACCACCGCUGCCAAUGGUGACGCGAAUGGACAGCACCACCAGCCCACGCCCUCUGCGCAUGCUGAUCGCCGCCCGCCGUACGCAGGGAAGAAUACAAGUCAUUUCAACUCUGCCGCGAAAGAUUUCAACUCACAGGAGCACAAGGAUCAACAUGGCACGAACCACCGAGAACGAACCGAACCGCGGGGAGAGCGUCCUGGACGUGGUGGUUUCCGCAGUGGGCGUGGCGGUGUGGCUGGCGGCGUCACGCAAAACAGCCAGCACAUCGGUCACUCCACAUACCAACCGAACGGACAGAGGCUGCCACCCAACUCCUAUAAUAGCAGUGCUGCCGUACUUCCACCCACAGCGGCCCCGUUCAACCCACUUCACCAGCAGUAUUCAUAUGGGGGCCAGCAUAAGUCCGUGAGAAUUGGAGGAAGAAACGCCUCGCGGGCUCAACUGGCCGCGCAAGGCCCGAUGUCCUUCAACAGCCGCCUGCAGAAUGGCGUGAGUAACAACCCGAGAAUGCACGGCCACGCUACUCAUGGUGUUAUGAACGGCCCUACUGAGUUUCAGCCGCAGUAUCCUAUUCAGGCGUUCAGCCCCUACAUGGAUGUUGAAUUGGUCCACGGGUUGACCUUGCAAGUUGAGUACUACUUUUCUCUUGAUAACCUCGUCAAGGACGUUUUUCUGCGGAGAAAAAUGAACGACCAGGGCUUCGUUCCACUGUCUGUGAUUGCCAAGUUCAAGAGAAUGUCGGAACUCGCUCCAUCAAUCGAUUUCAUUAGGGCCGCUUGUGAGCAGUCCGAGAACCUGGACUAUGUUGUCGACCAGGAGCAAAACGAGUGGAUUCGUUCACGGUACCUGUGGAGUGGAUUUGUGAUGCCCCACGAGGAUCGCGAUGAGGAAGCACGCAAGCCCGGCCCAGAUCUUAGAACGGUCUUGUUCCGGUCGGUGAACCGCCCCAACCAAUCACCCUACGUUCACCCCAUGAUGAACGGUGCCUAUCCGGCGAUGCCACAACAGCCCAUGUUUUCGCCACCCGCGUACCCGGUGAACAGCAACGAGAUGCUGUACCAAUCUCAUGACAACGGCGUUCACGACUACACGAGUCCCACCAGGGGCAGCAACACCGAACCGAACGGUCGGCCGACUCGCAGCGGUGAGAUCCAGCUCUCUGCCACGGUGCCGGAUUUCUCACCGAGCGGAAGCAAUGGAGCUCCAACGACGCUAGAGGACUACCAAACGUACCCGGACGAGCAGGUCGAAAAGCUGGUUGUUCUUGUCGGAUCCGAGCUUGAUUCCGCUGCCACUGGUGGGGAAUUGUCUAACCAGCCACAUGUGAACGGAUCCGAUGCCAGCGGCGCCAAGAGCUCGUCCGAUGAGUCGUCGGACCAGCAGGCGACUAGUCGCAAGAUCGGAGAGGAACCCUACCCCGACAUGCGCGCGAGAGCUCUCGAGCAGCGGGCGAGUGCCAAGGACAACGAGGUCCCAGCAACGAUGAAGCAUCUGUAUCGGUUUUGGUCGCACUGCCUUCCUGACAAGUUCAACGUGCGCAUGUACGAGGACUUCCGUACCUUUGCACUCGAGGACGCCCGGCGCGGCGCGCCGAAUGACUUUGGUCUGAAGUGCCUCUUGCAGUACUACGACCGGGUGCUGUCCAGCUCUAGCAACGCAAAGGCCUAUCCUGCCGUUUUCUUGCCGCACCAAGAGGAGGCGAAGAAACUUUCCGAAUCUCAGGCCUCUAAGCGAGUCAACGGUGACUCUCAUGCUUAG